UCGUGCGUUGCGUUCAGGUACGCGUCAACAUCAGCUGUUGUUUCGCUCUCGCGUGAAAUGACAGUUUCGUGGAGGUUCGCGAUGUGGAUAUCGUUUUCGUGAGGGUGCUUCGUGUACCGCGGUGGGUGAUAUCUGCCACAACAUUCUCUUGGAAAAAGAUGAACGGGAGUCUGGGGAUAAUGCGCGGACCCGAGCAACAUCCACAGAGGUUCGCGGAUUAUUUUGUCAUUUGCGGACUGGACAAAGAUUCGGGCUUGGAGCCAGACAAGUAUUUCGGAGACUCUCUACAAUGCACGCCUUUGGACCGAGCAUACAAGAGCAAAGUAUUGGGACACUAUCCGGACUCUGUACCAUGGAACCCCUUCGACGAACACGCUGUCUGCAUGCUUUGCCUGCCGAGCGGGCUGAGAUUCCGGACCCAGAAACACUCGGUGGAGCCCACGUUUCACUCGUUCGUGCUCACCAAGGAGGACGGGCACAGAACGUACGGGUUCAGUCUUGUCUUCUACGAGGAAUGCAGGAAUCGCAAGAUAUGCGCGGCUAUGCAAACACUGCAGGCGAUGCAUAUCACGGAGCUGAGCAGCGGCCAAAACGGUACACCGCCAACGGUAAGGAAAGGCCAGGAUGGACAUAACACGCGAUCGCUGCCACGGCAUUUCAAGCUAUCAGCGCAUUCUCAAAGCGCCGCGUUGGGCUACUAUGAUUCUACCAAAGACAAGUUGCUAGUGACUAAAUCGAUAUCCUUGCUAUGUCAGCAGUCCUACCUUCACGCCGCGAAAACGUUCCUCACUAAUCUCUACAAAUGUGUUCCUAGACACCCAGGACCCGGUCUUAGCUUAGAGUCCUACGUGUACAAUAUUCUCUAUAACGUGCCGGUACCAUUGCCUGGGAAGUCGUUGAAGUUCUUCGUUCCCAGCGACGAGCCAGCAAAGUCACCGUUGGAAUUAGUUAUAUAUCAGCCGACACCGUUGCAGGAACUACCGAUGCUCGAUUAUCCUCUGAAAGACAUGUUCACGUGGCUCGGCGCGGAGUGCGUGAUUCAACUGUUUACCUGUGUGUUAUUGGAGAACCAAGUGCUGCUAAGAAGCUCGGAUUUUCACAAGCUGAUGGUGGUAUCCGAGUGCAUAACGGCGCUUCUCUUCCCAUUUUCCUGGCAGCACGUGUACGUGCCGAUAUUGCCUGCCAGCCUGCAUCACUUCUUAGACGCGCCUGUGCCGUUCAUAAUGGGUUUACAUGCUCAGAGCGAGGGCGGCGUCCUGAAAAUUGCUAGCGAAGCAAAUCUUUGUUAUGUAGAUAUAGAUAAACAAAAUAGCCAAUUUCCAGAAGAAUUACCCGUGUUUCCUCAUAGGCCGCAAUUCAUUAAUGAGAUUAGAGCUCUCUUAAACAAGUACAAAGUACCAUACUCGGGAAAGACUGACAACAUGGUCAUAAAUCAUUACAAUGGCGACAUCAUGACAAGUAGUUUGACGCUUCCUGGUUCUGGUUUUCAUCUUCCUCGCAGAAAACACUCGUUGCACGAUGUCCUGGAUUGGGAUCGGCCGGAACCGCCUCAAUCGGACACUUUACAAAGGAUAGUAGAUAUUGUUAAAAGAACGGGCGUGAACGUAGACGAUCUUGAUUCGAUAGACGAUAACGUAAAGGAAAGAAUACUCACACCGCAGGAAGAGUAUCAGGAAACGCUUAUGUUUAAUAAUGCGAUUAGGGAGAUUUUUUUGAACCGUUUUGUACAGAUCUUUUCUAGUUACGAACACUUCGUUAUUCAGCCAAGUCAGGAUAAAGAUGAGUGGUUGAAUAAUAGAGAUAGUAUGCACGUUUUUGAUAAGGCGACAUUUUUAUCCGAUCAACCCACGCAGCAUUUACCGUUUCUAUCGAGAUUCCUGGAGACGCAAAUGUUUGCUUCUCUUGUCGACAAUAAAGUCAUGUCUACGUGGAGCGAGCUGGAUUUUAAUAUACGGGUUUUCGAUCAGAGAAUUUCUCACUUGAGAAAAAAAGUUGGCGAGGCCAUCGUACGAUCGACUCGUUACGAACCAUGUACAAAUAUAGAGGAGUCGCAAAAAGUGUUGGAACAGAGACUGAUGAAUGUGGAUUUCGAAACGAACCCACCCAAUGAGAUUCUUCCUCAUAGGGCGGCGUAUUUUCGAAGUUUUCCAUUGUUAGACACUGUUGCGUUAAAUAAGGAGCCGGCUCAGAGCAGUCGGAGAGGACAAACCCAGUGGAAGUACAAAAUGAAGUCCAUGGAGUCGAAUGGAAAACCCCCCGCGCCUCAAGAAACGCAGUCACCCAGGCCACAAACCAAGCUCUCAGCGGACAUGAGUCCAGCGUUGAUAGCGCAAGCCAAUUGGACUUUUGUUGAAAAAUUGCUCAAGGACUGUAAAUCAAAGACAAAAAGGAUGUUGGUCGAGAAAAUGGGCUCCGAAGCCGUAGCAUUGGGUCACGGUGGCGAGUCGUUGUCCGAUGUCGAAGAGAAUACUCUAGUUGCCAGUCUUUGCGAUCUCCUAGAACGGGUUUGGAGCCACGGAUUGCAAAACAAACAAGGGAAAAGCGCCCUUUGGUCGCACCUUACUAUGUACCAAGAACUAGAAGAGUGUAACGAAUCAACUAAAUCCAUAGAUCCGAACUUUCUCUCUCCUGCGCUAGCGUGGUGCGUGCUGCGGAAACGACUCGAUUCCAAGAAAUCGCCAAAUAAGUUUUUUGGAUUACCGGACCGCUUAAUUUCAUCCUUAAAGGGCAGAAAUAUUUUUGAAAUUGCUUCUUAUAUCAAGGAGAAUUUGAAUGAUUUAUCAAACCUGGCAUUGGAGACUGAUGUUUCGCCUACACGAGGGACGGAUAAACAUAAAUCUCCCGGGGAUAGAAAGAUUGGUCCAGAACAUCUGAGGCCUCUACCCGAUUCUUUGCUCUUUGACAUAAGAAAUGUGCAAGCGAUGACUGAUAUUAAGACUCACAUUGGAUACGCCAGAGCCUGGGUUCGAUUGGCAUUGGAGAAAAAACUCCUUUCUCGUCAUUUGAAAACGCUUCUAUCGGACACCACAUUGUUAAGGAGUCAGUACAAACGCUCAGCGUUCCUUCGCUGCGAAGAGGAAAAGGAACAAUUCUUGUACCAUCUCUUAACGUUGAAUGCCGUCGAUUAUUUUUGUUUCACUAACAACUAUCCAACCACAAAGUUGCCAUAUAGGGUUGUUAUAUUUCCUAGUCGAAAAGCAAGCGCAGCUACUACUUCCGCGAAUAGCUGGAUCGCUAUCUCAGGUACUCUGUGCGAAACGAAUCCGGUUCCCAUUCCUAAAGGAGCGCUGGAAUUCGUAUUUCACCAUAAGAAUUUGGGUGUACUCUCUACGUUACGAAUAGGACACGACAAUACAGGUCUUUCUCCUAAAUGGAUGGUGGAACACGUAGUGGUGAGAAAUGAGGUUACGGGGCAUACGUUUAAAUUCCCUUGUGGUAGAUGGCUUGGCAGAGGUAUCGACGAUGGCUCUACCGAGAGAUUAUUAGUGGGUGCUUUAGUGCCCCGCAGUAUCGACAAUGAGGAAUUGGUCGAGUCGUGUUCGACUCCGCCAAGAUGUAGAUCGCCCAGCAUACCUAGGCGCCCGAUAUUGUCUCAAGUUGAGCUGCAACACAUGUUAGGAGAAGCCGUAAACGCAAUUGUAAAAUUCCACUAUCGAAGAGAAUGCCAAGAUGGCUCUCUGACAGCUUUGCUUUGCGGAGAAGGUGGCCUUGUACCAUCCUUGGAACAAAUAUUUUUAUUCGGGUUCAAAAAUCAGAGGAUAUUUGGGAGAAACUUUUAUGUUUGGGAUUACCUCCUGCGCAUAAAGGAAAAUUUUGAAAUUUCCUUGUUGGAGGAAAUGGACGAAUAUUCACAGAGGUUGAAUAGAGGCAGACGAGCCCACGUUGAGAGUAAUCAAAGGUUUACUACCUUGAGAUGUUACUGUCAUCUUAUCGAUCAAAUUAAUAUGUUCAGCCAAACACUUGGCAAAGAUGGGAAGUUUCAGUUGUUCAUUUGCUUGGCAGCGAGGGAGCAGCUUCUUCAUUCGAUGCUGCGACCAAUGAGCGAAGCACGCUCCACCACAGACAUGUACGAGGAAACCUCAUUUCUGAGAAAUACCACGUUAUUAAAUUUUCUAGUUCACAUUCUUGAACCAUUGUGUGAGUUUCACAUCGUCCUUGAGAAGAGUUUGACUCACGGAAUUUCCAGUAUAUGUUAAUUUAUCGAAUGACAUUCCGCUUAAUUAGCAUGAUUUACCAAAGGUUAAAUAUUGCGAAGCGAAAGAGGACAAGUGUUAUAUCGGAGGAAUGAAGAACUUUCUAAAACCUAUUAUUAAGAAAUUCAGAGGAAUUUAAUAAUGCAAAUGAAGACUGUUAGGGAACUGUAAAAUAGUCGUUUUUAGGUGAAAAAUUAUUCGACGAAAAGUUGAUACAUGAGUGAUGAUGAAAACAUAGAUCUUGCCCAGUUUCAGACGCUUAUGAUAUUAACGAUGAUGACAAGAGUCCCGAUACAAAGAUAGAUCUAAUUUGGCCCAUCUUGCCAUAGAUAUUAGUAGAAAGCAAACAAUGUUUGUUGAAACUGACGAAUCGUGUACCAAAGAUGUGAUCCUAUUAGUUCUUACUAUUAGUGUUAUAUUAAUAUUAUCAUUACUAAGGGUUUAGUUUUUUUUUUUUUUUUUUUUUUUUUUUUUUUACGGUCUUUGUCGUACGCAGGACAUUCGAAAAUCAUACAACAACGUGUAUAUCGCGAUAACUGAGAAGUUAUACAGAACAUGUAUGGUUUUUGUAUGUUCUAUUAUCAUUUUUAUCAAACGAUAAAGAACAGAGAAUAAGAUCUCGCCCAUAAAAUUAGGAUGGGAAAGAUUUACAUAGCAUUACUGUCGAAUCUUUAAGCAUUUCCAUGGGUCAUGAUAUAUUUAAGUAAUGAAAUUUUAACGAUCAAAGCUAACUUGUAAUCUUUCCUGAUUUCUAAGGUCGAUCUCUCGACGAUUUGCAGCGUCGAGUAAUACUCCUUUUUACAAAAAUUGUAUAUUAUAUUACGGAAUCUCUUUUUUAUUUUCACUAGUUGACGAGUCUUUAACGUUAAUUGUUAACUUUCAAGAAGCAAACUGUAACCAAUUCCCGUAUCUGUGUCUUGUUAUAUUUUUUUUCAUCGAAAUUUGAAGUCCAAUCAAUCUGUUAUAGCAUUGGAGUCAAAUGGACCAAAUAACUUAAUCAUUUACAAAAUCUCUCGAAGUCUGGCAGUUCGCUCCUAAUCUGCAAUGUAUGUAACAUUGGUACCAAUUGUCUUUCGACAGUUUUAAUGUACUUGACGGUAAUAAGACAUAGCUAUCAGAGUACAA